AUGAUUUAUUCAUUUGGCAGAUAAUCAUUUUCAGCAAUCUUUUAAACAGUAAAAGAGGUAUUAGACUUCUCUAACACAAUUCUAUAUGACAUUUUCAUUUCUUAUCCUAUUACAUCACUUACAUAUGAAAAGUUAAGUGAAAGAAUAACAGGAUAAAUGAAGAGAAUUUUAGAUGUUGGGGUAGGUACUGGGGUUCCUUUACAUAAAGUUAUCAAUUAAUUUCCUUAAGAUUGUGAGAUUACUGCAAUCGAUAUAGAUCUUACAUAUUUAAAUAAGGCAAUCCAAUUAUUUAAAGAUAAACCUUAAGUAAAAAUACUUGAAUUGGAUUUCUAUAAGAUGAAUCCUGAUAUUCAUGGAAAAUUUGAUGCAAUCGUCUUUUCUUCAUCUUUCUCAUUACUCCAUCAAUAAUAAGAAGCUCUUAAAAUAGCGAAAUCGUUACUUAAUCCAGAUGGAAUCAUUUAUUUUAUGCUCACUUUAAGUGAUUCUCAUUUUAGUGAAAGUUUAAAAUAUAUAACGAGUAUAGAUUUACAUCUAGAAUCUGAAAGUGUAUUCGAGGAAUUAUUAAAACAAUCUUCACUAAAAAUCAUUCAUAAAUAAAGAUUACAAAAGGUAGCAAAUAUACCAACUCUGUUAUUAAAAGUGUAUAUUUAUGAAACUAAAUUAUGA